ACAUUAGAUACCUAGAUCGUACGGUACCAACAACAAGAACCUGUAAGCACUGCCAGCGUAAAAUAACCAUUGGAGGGGUACCAGUUGUCCAAGUAAGAGAAAGGCCACCGCUUCUGACCGGUGAGAGGGAAACUGAUACAAUUUUUUUUCUUUGGUCCGUAUCAUGAAAAUUUUGAAUUAUUUGAUUCAUUCUGUCGUUUUGUCGCGCGCGGUACUGUAUAUCUGGGUUUAUCUUAAUUUGUGACUUGCCUUCUCUUUUAAUCGAUUCGGAGUGUGUUCAGUGGAGAAACUUAUUUUAUUUGUGAUUAUUUCCGACGUUAAUUGGAAUAGUUAUAGGGCUGUCACAAAGGCUAUGGCUUGUAUUCUACCCAGGUCUCCAUAGUCUACAAGAUUCAUUUUUUCAUUCCAAACUAAUGAAUUAUCCAACGUUAAGAUGAAAUUAUUUCCAUUAUUCUUAUUCUUCUUUUUAGUCUUACAAAUUAAUGCACAACGAAGGACGACAGCAAAACCUACCACUGAAACUGAAAAUAUAAAACCAACUUCACCGAGGGGAAGAGGUAGAUCACGAUUUGUAGCUUCAGAAGAGUUCCAAGGAAUCCAAGAUAAAUCAUCAGCUGCUGAAUCAACAACUAGAAGAACUGUAGCAUCAAGAAGACGUGUGGUUGAAAAUGUAGAGCAACGUUUUCCCUCAAGGACAUCUUCUACUUCGAAUCCUUCGAAACAGCCCUCAACAACUAUACCUCCUAUUUCAAGACGAUAUAAUUCGCAGACAUUCAGUGAUACUGCUGAAAAAAUUUUUAAUGUCAAUGAAAAUGCGAAUAGAAGGCCUCAAAGGCCUCAAAAAACCCAAAUGAAUUCUGUUGCUACGAGUACAAAUCGGAAAACUUCAAAACCAUUAACGGAAUAUGUGGAAAGAAGGAGUUUCAAGAAUACAUAUGAAGUACAAGAAAUAUUGGACGAAAAUUUCGAAUUAGUUCGUAGAUCCCAAAAACCUAGAGAAAAUAGUUUCAAAGCUACAAAUGUCCUAUCAAGAAACAAAGAUAAUUCGUUACCUACUAAAGGAAAUACCUUUCCAAAAAGAAAACAAGAAAGUACCGAUACAUUUACUGACAACACACCAAGGAGAAAUAAAGAAUUGGAAGAGUUAUCUAGGAGUUUGAAUAUACCAACGCAUAAUCAAGAUAAUUUAGAACCGAUUAAGACUUCCAAAACAUAUGAAUCAGAAGUUAGUACACCCUUAUUGAGCAACACUAAAGAUACUAACUUGAUUGAAGAGCAGUCUCUCGAUACUACACAAGUACCAUCCGAUUUAGAAGUAUCCCCUGAUCCAUUACCAGAGCUACAAUAUGGAGAAGACUUAUCAAAAGUUCAAACUAGUUCUACAACGACCACAAAACCUACUGAACCCACUAGAAGUCAAGGAAGUAGAAGAAGUAGUCAAAGAAAAACUACUGUAGUAACAGAACAAUCGACUCAAGCUCCUAGAUUCAGAACCAGAGGACGAAAUUCUCAAACAGCUCUAGCAUCUCAAAACUCUGAAUCAUAUUUGAGAGCUGCAACAUCUACAACUGCUCCUGGAAGGGGAUAUAGAAGAAGAAAGGAGAGUGUGCUGGAGCCUAGAAAAGGACCAUCAGUGUUCUCUGCUGAUACCGAAUUUCAAGAGAGACGUCCAAGAACCGAAAGAAAAAUCAACAUGUCGACUUCCGAGAAAGUCAUGAUUGCAUACUUUCCCACGAGAAGCCGUUAUAACACAACAACUAGAAAACUUUCCAACAUAACCCCGACAACUUCAGCUCCAAAUGGCAAUAGACUCCGUUCUAGAGAGAUGCCGGUAUUCGAUGAACAAAAGUUAGAAGUUUUACCUUUGUUCGAAGAAGAACCAAAGCUCUUACAUACUCGAUUCACUAAUCGAGCUGACGCUACUCUCUCCAGGUCUGUCAAAAAAGAAGUUUCCAAUGAAGAUACCUCUCCAAAAAGAGGAGAAAAUACAGAUAUUAGAACUGGAAAACGAGUAGCUUUUAACGAAAAACCAAUUUUCAAUGAGAAAAAUGCGACUGUUCCAAGAUCUAGACGGAGAGGAAACUCAGAUUCAACCCAGAAAAGUAUAAAUAAACCAGAAAAAACGAUAACAAAGCCAACUAAUACACCUUCUAGAUCAAAAGUUGUAGUUAAUGCUGAAACUAAAACAGAAUCUUCAGUUGAACAAGCUCUUCCGAUCCGGAAAAAUGAAAUUAAAGAAUCUGUGGUGUCCGAAGUCAAUGAGGUAACUUCUCGCAGAAAAAUCUCUAGGAAAAAAGUAGCGAACCUAACAGAACUGCAGGAGAAAUCUCGCAGUAGCGGUUCAAGAGGUAACAAAAAAUCAGAAGAAUUUACAAAAGCAAGUUCAGAAGAAAUCGGAGAAUCUGACAAUUAUCCAGAAGAAUUCAAGGCUUUGAUAAAAGCCAAAAAAGAAAAUAAGAUAAAUUACAAAGAAAACGAGUUAAAACUAAAGCCGACAACAUCCACUUAUUCAUCUAGAUUGAAUCGUAAAAAGUUCACUACAUCAACAACUGCUAAAUAUAUUCCAGUCUCUACAACUCAAAAAAGUUUUAAUGCCAAAACGUCGAGACUAACAACCACUCCCUCAUCAUCUCCAAGCAGAAUAACUAAAUUGAGGUCUGUUACACCGAGAAGUUACAGUUUUCCAAUAAAAUCAGAGAAAAAAGUUUCAUUCAGGCCAAUAGAAUCUAAUAAAGGAAAAAGUGUGGAAAGAUUUGCGAGAGGAAAAAAUAGCAAAAAAUCUGAAGAUUCCGUAUUUCUCUCUACAAAGGUCCCUAAAUAUUUGACAACUCCAAAGAAACUUGAUCGUGGUAAAUAUAGAAGUUUCACAACGGUGCCUCCAAAAUAUAUUCCGACAAUUCCUUCAGUGCCAUAUGUACCAACGGUUCCAACAGUUACACCCCCGAGAACAGCAGUUGAUGCCACAACAAACCAAAGAGAUGAUGAUGAAGGAGUUAAAGUGAUAUCAAUCGAUGUACCUGUUAAAGCGAUAUCAUCAGCGAAUCUAGUCAACGGUGAUUUAGUUUCGUCCAGAACUAACUCUGUUUCAGUAGCUUUACCACUGGUAAGCGAGGGAACCUCCGAAAAACCAACAUCUAUUAUCGAAAGAAUAAUAAAUUCGAUCAGCGCUAGAGCAACAACACCAUCCUCUUCAAAUACAUCGCCAAGUAGUACAGCGACCACAACAGAGUAUUCGUCGGCCAUAUUGAAAUUAUCACCACAAAAAUCUAGACAAACCGACGCUACUGACGAAACUAAAGCUAAUGACCAAGUAGGUAGUGUUAAAUUAACAACCGAGAACCCUACAACGAUAAUUGAGAGGAUAUUGAGUUCAUUAAAUGCUAUACAAGCAACAGAUAUUACAAGUUCAGCGCAAGAAGAGCAGAAUACCAUUCCUACAGUAACUGCGACCACUAUUCCAAUUUCUCCAACUAGCACUACACCUUCUACCAAAGCACAAAGUAGUACUACACAAUCCACAAGCACACCCGUCCUUUCAACUACAACCACAUCGUCUACCACUACAGAAUCAACGACUACCUCGACAGAAUCACCAGCUCCUGAGCCUACUACAGUGACAAAUGCCCAAAACCAACCAACAACAACUACAAUAGUCGCUUCAGUUGCAAAAGUAACCCAACUUACAACUACUACAUCAACUCCUACUAUGACAACUACUCCAAGUAUCACUACAUUGCCAAGCACAACUGUAGUACCCUCGAAUCCUUCCCCUAGCACCAAUUCACUUAAAAUUGAUGCAGAAGCUAGUACUAGUCCAAAUACCACUGGUAUCGAGAGCACGAAUAUAACCAGCACUGCGAAUGUUAGUUCAGAUACGCAAAGCACGAGUGCGGCUAGUACACUUGUACCAGAUGUGGUGAUAGUAGAAUCGAGUACUAUAGUCACUUCUACUGAAGGAAAUAAUAACAAUACACCAACGUUUCCAACGCUGUCUGAAUUAUUUAAUGGAAAAACCAUUGAAGCUUUCAAUGAGAUUGUUAAUAGUGACAAAACAAGUAUGAACACUCCUAAUACCGAUGAAAGUAUUCGGGCAACCAAGGUUGAUACAACCACACCAUUUUCUCAAGACAGUACAACAGAAACUCUCAAUCCUGCGACAAUUCCAACAGCUGUUAAAACAACUAUAAUACAACAACAGGUCGAUACUACUACUAUCGAUAGUACAAUACUUUCCAAUCAGGUUCUUGAUUUCACAAGUCCCUCAAUAGUCAAUGAAAUAUCAGGAAUGCAGAAAAUGAGUAGUACUAACACACCAACAACUACAGCUGCUUCAAUGACAAGCACGCAACGACAAAGGAUAUUCACCAGUACUCAACCUUCGCUUAUACCUACGUUCCUCACAACACUUUUCCCGAAUUUAUUCAGAAGUGAAACAAUCAAAGUUUCAGAAUUAACGACGAAAAAACCGGGUAUUAUACGAAUAUCUGCCCCUCCUUCUGUAACAGAAACUGCAUCAUUCACGGCUAGUACAACCACUACCAGACCUCCAGCAACUAUCAAAGUAAAAAGCAAUACAAUUCCACCAGUAACCACAAUAGUUACAACCACAACGACGGAGAAAACAACAACUACCACAAUGGAACCUACUACGACUACCAAGCCCACGACAACUACAAUCCUCAGUACAACAACUACAAUCCCUACUACAACCACUGAAGCUACUACAACUACAACUACUGAAGCUUCUACAACUACUACCACUGAAGCCACUACAACUACUAGAAUCACUACCCCUGUUACUACUACAGCAAGAUCAACAAUAACAACUGGGAAAGUGCAAACUAACGCAGGCUUCACUACUGCAAGAUCAAUUGAUGUUACUAGUUUUAAUACUGUCGAAUUAACUACUAAGUCGUUACAGCUGAAAGAAUUAACUCCACAACAGAAAGAAAACUUGAAGGCAAUCGCGCAAUUGGAAAAGCAACAAGCGGAAUUAUUGAAUCAGUUGUCAUUUUUAACACGUCUGAUACCAAAUCGAACAGCGAAAUCAGCAACAACGGGAAACACGAAUUCCAAGAUUAGCUCCGGUGGUAGUUUAGCUGAAAGGAUCGUCGCUUUAGCUGUUGAAAGAGAUAAAGCUAAGACUACCAUUCCAGAUACAACUAUCAUAUCCACAGCUACUCCUACUAUUAUUAUAGAGACUACUAGACCACCUAAAUCUAUCCAAGAUCAAAUAGCAGCUCUAGAAACAACUAAGUCACCUAAGAAAGCAACAACUUUAGAAGAGGUUUUGAAAGGAUAUAACUUGAAUUCCAUUACACCACCAGCCUCAACUCCCUUUGGAAAAUCUAAUGAUGCUAUACUAGCUUCCCUUUUGAAAGAACAAGGCAUCGUUCCUUCGACUCCAAAAGUUUUAGCCGGAAUUUUCGAUGAAACCACCAUAAGACCAAAAGUAAGACCAAAAAUUACUACGACUCCUGCACCUGGUCCUAUCAUACGCGGUCUCAACUGGCUCUUGAAUGCUUUAGCUCCUCCACCUUCACCCGCACCUGUUAUAAAGAGACCUACUCCUAAACCGGUAAAGCCAAAAAAACCACCAGUAGAAGAAGAGUUAUUAGUAAAUUCUCCCACACAUAUGACACCUGUUAGUACAGCCGCUCCAUCUAAACUGGCCAAUUCUCUUUCCCAGGAUGAAAUUAAGCAACUAAUAAAACAACUGGAAGGAAUACAGAAGAAUCCAUCUACAGGAACACUGGAUCUUUCGCAAAUCAAGAGCAUCCAAAAUUUGCUAAAUGUGGAUGGAGGGGUUGUUAUCAGUACCAACGGAGAACAUGGAACAACUUCAAGGCGAACAACAACUUUGCCAACAACUAUUUUAAGCGAGGCAACCCAACGGCAAUCUAAAAAACUACCUACACCAACAACUGAAAAUACAAUUUUUGCGUUUACAAACGAAGUUGAUGAUUCAGAAUCUAUUGAAAGUACUACUCGAAUUAUGAGAGCUCCAAUUGGAUUCAAUCCUGUUCCAGGGAUAGACGACAAUAAUCCUGAUGUUCCAAAUACUUUAGUAAGGAGUAAUUUAAUUACAGCGGCUGUUAACGUCACCAAAGCCAUUUCAAACUUUUUGGGCACAGCUUUACAGACUGUUUCUCAGGGGGCGGCAUCAUCUUUCCAAACGAUAUUCGGUGUGUCAUCAGCAGGAACAAGAGUACUGAGUAGUGCAGCAGCAGGAUCAUCAGCUGGAUGAAAUAGAAGCUGGAAAUUUAGGGCGAAAUAAAUUUAUUUAUUCAUGUACGGAACCCCAUUUCGUAUCAACUUUUUAUCAUAAUGAUCCGGCUUGAUAAAGCAAAUCUCCAAGAAUAUAGUUCAGCUCAAUUUAAACAUGCCAGGAAAAUGAAAAGCUCGUUAUGAGACUUUUCAAGUACUAAAUAUAUUAUAAUUUGUGUGGACAGUUGGAGGCUUCAUUUUUUGGGAGAUCUUCAAUAAUUUUUUUCUUGCCACAAAUCAUCUCAUGCAUUUACAUUUGCAAAUAUUCACUUCAAGCACAUGUUUCUUCUCUAGUUCUCCAUAUAGCUUCAUCUAAUUAUUUUUUGUAUGAUAUACUUUUAAUUACUCUGCUCUGAUUUCUAUCAAAUUACUCACGCAUUAUUUCCUUUUCUAUCUUUCAUGUUUUAAUCAUAAUCAAUAUAUGAUAAAUUUAAUCAUCUUGACUUCUUGUGAAUAUUUUGUCACAAGUAUAUUUGAUUUUUUCAUAAUCUUUGAAUACAAAUUCUUCCUCUUGUGUUAACACUAUUUGCUUCAUUUACAUAAUUUAUCAAUAUUUUAGCUUUUAGUGGUUGUAAUCUUUGGUUCGAUGGGGUUUUUGAUUUUUUUCUUCUCAUCUGUACCUCCUGAUAUGUAUUCAAAACGAUUGGUGUUAUAAUCCUACAACUUUUCAUAGUAUUUUCAAUUUUGCUAAUUUGCCUUUCCUGUCGAUAAAAACUGAAUGUUCCAGUAAAUAAAAAUUUCAUCUACUAUUAUUAAUAAUUAUUAAUAUUCUAAAAAGUUUUUGCAAAAGUUUUCAUGUUUAUUAAGUACCUAAGAAGUUUGACAUGUGAUAAUGAUAAAAAGUUUAUGCGGUUUCGACGUUCCUUUUGGUAGUAGGUAUUUAAAUUAAUUCAGGUGCCACUUGUAUAAUAAGCUUUGGACUUUGGAUACAUAAUUUGUAGGACUGUUCGAAUUAUUUAAUUUACAAUGUAAAUAUUAUAAUGAGUGAAACUCUAGAAACACACAUUGUAGGAAACAUUGUCAGUAAUAGACACCAAGUUUCAGGAUAUGACAUUUAUAAUAUGGAUUUUCUCUUUCAACCAGUCGAUGUGAAAUACUCAAUGUUUAUAAUAAAUCAAAAUAGAUCUAAUACAAGAUACAAUGUAUAUAAAAUGUUAAUUAUAUAUUUUACCAUA